GCCGUCGGCGCCGGGCGCGCGCGCACUCACACUCACACACACACACACACACUCACGAGCAUCCCGAAGGGUAUUUAAAGGCUUGCACGCGAGGGGCUGUGGAGAUCCUGGGGGCAGCCGCGACUGGGGCCUCGCCACUCGCUUUUGCUCCUGGGUUUAUUCCGUUCCCUUUCCUCUCUCCCCUCUGCCCCGCGGUACCCGUGGAGCGCUGCGCUCCCGCCGCCGCCGCUCUCAGCCCCCCCUAUUUUUUUUGCCUGGCACCGCGUCCAGGUGGGACCCGUUAGCGGAGAAACGCCGACUGGGUAGCCAUAAGGCGGACCCACCGAGACGCAACAGGUCUGCGCGGCGGGGCGAGGGGAGCGGCGGCCCCCGCGGCCGUCUCCCACGGUCCCCGGCCCCCGGUGCGCCGCGCGCAGGGACCUCCGAGGGGUCCGUCCUCAGAGGCGCGGGGUGGUCAGCAGGACUCUACGAGGUGGGCUUCUUUCUGGUCUUUGCCUUGUGGCCACCGGUCCGUAGACGGAGGGUGCCCUUCACCCCCAGUUAGGAGAGGAGGAGAAGAAGGCGGAGGGACGGUCCAGGACCGAGGAGCGCGGGGAGGGGUCCAUCUCCGCGCGCCCCUCUCCCACUCCGCCAACUAGUUCUGUGCAGCCCGCCGGACGGAACUUUGGAGGAAUCGUCCUUUUUUCUUCUUUUUUUUCCCCCCUUUCCUUUUACGGUUAUUGGAAGUGGUCGAGGGUGGGAGGCAGCGGACCCCGCCACGAUGCUGCCGAAGAAGCCUGCAGGAAAAGGAGGGCCCGGGGAGCCGGGCUCCGAGGACCCGAGCCUCGCCCGGCGGCAGCGGUGUGCCCGGACCGUGCCCCCGAGCGCGGCCCUGGCAGCCCUCCUGUCAGCGGUGGCCGUGGCGUCCUGUCUGUACCUGGGGGUGAAAACCAACGACCUCCAGGCGAGGAUCGCCGCUCUCGAAUCCGCCAAAGGGGACCCUUCCAUCCGCCCGCUUCCCGAUUGCCUGGAUCAGCUCAAAGCAGUGGUGCAGGAGAAAGUGGAGCGACUUCUGGCUCAGAAAUCCUAUGAACACAUGGCCAAAAUAAGAAUCGCAAGAGAAGCACCUUCAGAAUGCAACUGCCCAGCAGGCCCUCCAGGGAAACGAGGUAAGAGGGGCCGAAGAGGAGAAUCUGGUCUUCCUGGUCAGCCUGGUCCUCAGGGUCCUCCUGGUCCCAAAGGUGAUAAGGGAGAACAAGGUGAUCAGGGACCCCGGAUGGUGUUUCCUAAAAUCAAUCAUGGGUUUCUCUCUGCUGAUCAGCAGCUCAUUAAACGCCGCUUGAUUAAGGGCGACCAAGGACAAGCUGGGCCCCCAGGCCCGCCUGGCCCUCCAGGCCCACGAGGGCCUCCUGGAGACACAGGGAAAGAUGGCCCCCGCGGAAUGCCAGGAGAGCCGGGUGAACCAGGGAACCCAGGAAAACAAGGCUCAAUGGGUCCUAUGGGGCCUCCAGGACAAAAGGGUUCUGUUGGAGCACAUGGAAUUCCAGGGUUGAAUGGGCAGAAGGGUGAGCCCGGGUUGCCUGGAGCAGUGGGACAGAACGGAAUACCAGGGCCAAAGGGAGAACCUGGAGAGCGAGGAGAAAAGGGAGAUGCUGGCGAGAGUGGUCCCAAAGGUGAUGCAGGAGAAAAGGGUGACCCUGGAUCAUCUGCUGCAGGAAUUAAGGGAGAACCUGGAGAAUCUGGUCGUCCAGGGCAAAAGGGUGAACCAGGGCUUCCUGGGCUUCCUGGACUUCCGGGGAUAAAGGGUGAACCAGGUUUCAUUGGUCCUCAAGGAGAGCCAGGCUUACCAGGCUUACCAGGAACAAAGGGUGAGCGAGGGGAGGCAGGGCCUCCCGGAAGAGGUGAGCGAGGGGAGCCUGGAACUCCUGGAGCAAAGGGGAAACAAGGUGAAUCAGGAGCUAGAGGCCCAAAGGGGUCAAAGGGUGACCGUGGAGACAAAGGAGACUCUGGAACCCUGGGACCAAGAGGCCCACCUGGUCAAAAGGGGGAUCAAGGAGCCACAGAGAUCAUAGACUACAAUGGCAACCUCCAGGAAGCCUUGCAGAGGAUUACCACCUUAACUGUCACGGGUCCCCCUGGACCACCUGGACCUCAAGGACUACAAGGGCCAAAGGGAGAGCCAGGAUCGCCAGGAAUCCCAGGAGUUGACGGAGAGCAGGGACUCAAAGGCUCAAAGGGAGACGUGGGGGAGCCAGGUGUGCCAGGUGAAAAAGGAGGAAUCGGACUUCCUGGAUUACCGGGUGCCAAUGGGAUGAAAGGAGAAAAAGGAGACUCUGGAUUGCCUGGUCCUCAGGGCCCUUCUAUCAUAGGCCCACCAGGCCCACCAGGUCCCCAUGGCCCACCAGGCCCCAUGGGACCCCAUGGACUUCCUGGACCAAAGGGUGAACCAGGGUUAAAUGGUGUUAAAGGAUUGAAGGGUGAACCAGGUCAAAAGGGUGACAGAGGACCCCUUGGUCUUCCAGGAGCAUCUGGCUUAGACGGAAAGCCAGGAGCCCGGGGGACAGAUGGCCCCAUGGGACCCCAUGGCCCUGCAGGUCCCAAAGGAGAAAGAGGCGAAAAAGGCGCUGUGGGAGAGCCCGGACCCAGAGGGCCCCAUGGCCUGCCCGGGAAAGAUGGAGAGCCUGGUCUUGAUGGCUUCCCUGGUCCACGAGGCGAGAAGGGCGAUCUAGGAGAAAAGGGAGAAAAGGGAUUCCGUGGCAUUAAGGGGGAAAAAGGGGAGCCAGGCCAGCCUGGCCUGGAUGGGCUGGAUGCCCCUUGCCAAUUGGGUCCAGAUGGAUUACCCAUGCCUGGCUGUUGGCAAAAGUGAUGAAACUAACCUUCCGAGCAUGAAGUUGUGUAUAUAGUGGUCCACUCUUUAUAUUUAUAGUUGAAAAUUGAAUUGCAGAUUUUACAAGUCUGAGAUAUGUUUACAUAUAGCUGCUUCUUCCUGUUUGCAGUAGUACACGUGUCCAUCUUUUCUUCGCUUACAUCCAAAAUUGGGCAACAUGUGAAACUAGUGAGAAGCCUGCAGAAAACUAUAGAUCAGUAUCUCUUUAUCUUAUGUAAAGAUGCCUAUUUAUAUGGACAUAUCAGUGAUAGAGAAUGAUUGUUCUUGCUAUUUUCUUACUUUGGGCUUACUACUUGCAUGGACAAAAGGGGCCAUGAAAUAGUUUACAUAAAAUUGUGACCAAAUAUGGACUCAAAACUAUGAAAAUGUACCAUACUGACCAAUGUUAGCGUUUAUCGUCACAUUCCUACUCACCUUCGCUAUUAGCACGGAGUUCACACCACCCGUUGAAACUGACUAAAAAAGCAUGUCCCUGCCAGACCUGCCUGCUGUUGUGCACCUUCAGAUGCUAGCAUGCCUCCUGAUGAGUCCUUCCGUCACAUCUGAGCUUCUCUUUCUUUUGUCAUCUCAAGGGGGUUACACCGUGGCUUAUUGCCAAAAAGAGAUAAAGUGGUGGAGAGCACACACACAAGUGGUCUUGUAUUUUGAGGGCGUUGCAGUCCCAGCUGCUGAUCUACAGCGUCCAGCAUUGUGGGCUCCCGUGGCCACCUUGGUUGAAAUAGCAAGGGGCUGAGCUGGUUGUGCCGCUCAUUUUCCUUGGGCUGCCCUUGGCAGUGAAGACAGGAAAGAGGACCAGUUCAGUACCCUGCGCUGCCUCUCCUGUGACCAAGCAGGAAAGAGGUGUAGGAGUGCAGGCGCCCAGAACAGCAAACUUUUUCUUCUGAUAAACUGACUUCCAGCAGGUGUUGGUAUGGGUACUUUUGGAAAAAUGACAGAGACAUACAGCUCUUCUUUGGCGUAGAAGAUCCUUGGAAUGGCAGCCUCUGAUUCUUAGGAAAGGGUGUGUCCCUCCCGACAAAGCUCAGGUUGCUGAAGAGAUCACACUUCCUGAAGGGGGCUCACUCCACAGUCUCUGCUGAAGCUGAUGCGAGAGCCUCCGUUCUCUCCCAAAUCAAACUCAUUUCAAACAUUUUCUACAAAGUUCUAGAAACAGAACAUGUUUCCAGCUCUUAUAAAUACUUUUUCUUGUCUUUCUUUUUUUAUUCCAAGGAAUACUAAGCUGAGACUCUUUUGUCAUAUUUGUUUGAACUUUUUUUCAAAAAAGAAAAGUCUUCAAACUCUAAUAACGGAACCAAUAAUCAAGAUAACGUUUUACUAACUUUCUUUCUCAUUAUGAAUAAUUGAAGAGAAUGGAAAAGAAGCUCCACUUUCAGUUCAGUCAUUGUAAAGUAUCAAAGUUAAGAAAUUUUUUUCAGUACUUUUUGACAUUUUUUUUUUCAUAUGAUAAAUAUAACAUACAUAGUGAUUAUCACUUAAGAUAAAGUCAAGAUUUGGUCACAUUUGAUAGUAUUAACUCAUUUCUAUAUUUUUAUAGUUCUACUUAGAUAUAAGUUUUGUUCAUAUUUAGAUUUCUCUUUUUUUUUCUUUACAUUUCUUAUGCACAGACCAAAUCUGAGAUCUCAGAAAGCUGUGAAAUAUAGUUGCCGUCUAGUUUCCAUUAAGAGUAUUUUUUCAUCUUCUUGCUCAAAAGUUACCUAGCUGUAUUAGACUGAGCAUUUCUUUGCACAGUAAAGUGUUGGUAGCAUGUUUUGAAAUGGCUUGCUCUACGUGGAAGAGUUCCAUUAGGAGAAACAUCAUCAAUGAGGAAUAAUCACUUUUAGCUUAUGGGGCAAUAUAAUUUUUCUCUGGACUCAACACCAUUUUGUGGGAAAUUUUCAAGUUUCAUGCAUAGGUUGUUACCACCAGAGGGGAACCUAAUUCAUCAUUGACUUGGGCUGACAGAAAUUAAGAUAUGAUUUUAAGACAAGGACCCUAGGUCCUUAUGAUCUCUUUCAUAUUAUGUAACCAAAUGCUCAAUUAUCACAUUGCCUUUUUUUAAUUUCCAUUAAGUUUUCAAGAUUGGAAAGAUGUUCAAACUAUUACACCCACCUAACUGGUCACAUUUCUAGUAACAUUCCACACUCUGAAGCCAAUUUGGCAUUUUUUAAAACAAUAGAGGGCAUUUUUCUAAUGAUCUCUUCUAUGACAUGGUUAGGAUGAGGUAUUAUCGUUCAAUGUCUAAAACGACUUGUCUUAAAUAGAUUGGGAAAAUGAACUAAAGCGGGUAGAACUACAGUAUUUUCAGGAAACCAAACAGUAGUGUCUUGAGAAAAAUCUGGUGGCUAUAUUUCAUUCUAUGUAUCUUUCUUACUCCUUUAGUAAAAACAGGUAUCAAGAUGGAUCACUAUUUAAAACUUGCACAGCUUCUAAAGAGAAUACCUCAAAAGAUAAUCAUUUUAUGUACAAAAUUUUUUUAAAUACAGCCCUUAAGAAUAUUGUUCUGUUCUAUGUGUAUAUUGGGAUUUUGCUCUGUUUUUACAACAUUGACUUUUAUUCUAUGAUUAAGGAAUAAAAUUAACUUCCAUUACAUUUAUUUCCUUUGGACAAACAAAGGGAUGAUAGCACUCCUCUUUGUUCAGUGGAAUUACUAGGUCUUAACCACUAUGGAUAAUCUUAAAUUUUUGGUUCCUAAAAUAUUUCCAACCAUCCAUUUCAUCAUCAAAUAAUUGCCAAAUGAACUAAUAAAUUAUGUUUGCUGAUAUAUGUGUUGGCAGAUACAUAUUUUUCUUAAAGAUUUCUUUCUUUUAAUUUAUAUUAUUGAAUAGAGGAUUGAGAUAAACCCCUGAAGGACACAAUGGAAAUAAGUCAAAAUCAGGUUCUAUUUCCGAUAAGCACCUUCUAAGGAUACCAAAUUGGUAUGUGUUUUAGCUUUAAAAUUGUUUUUCAUUCAUGAUGGUGCUGAUGUAUUUCUUUUUCUUUAUGGACGGUGAAACUCUACUAUAGAUUUCAUUUCCCAGUUUAAUAGCAUUCCUAAACAGUUAGUGUGUGGUUUUAUUUUUUCAUGUUCAUGAAUUUGUUGUAAUAAUGGUACAAGGACUAGUCUUUUUAAAUGUAAAAGAAUACAAAACAGUAUAAGCUCCAGAUGAUAUGUCCUUACUUGGAUCAUGGAUCCUCUUAUUACAUGUUCUUGUCAUAUGCUGUAUGCCUUUUAUCAACUUUCAUUUUCAUCUUUUAACUGACUUAAUUUGAUUAAGUGUGGCAAAACCAGAAUUAUUGUAGAUGUCUGCAUACAUUCAUAGCAUACCUGAUGCAGAAAUAUGCCUAAAUUUUUCUUCUAGUUUUUAUUUUCAUUAUGAAAAGCAGUCUUGGAGAGUUUUUCUUUUUUAUUUGAUUUUAUAUAAAACUUGAGAAUAUCUUGAAUUUCCAUCUCCCAAAAAAAUGUUCGUUCUUCAAUUUACUUCCUGUGCAUGAUGUUCUAAAGGGACAGCAAGAACUUACCAGUAUGCAUCUAGUAGUUCAUCCUACAUGUCCUUUCCUGGUUUGUAAAGUGAUCAGAUCAGCAUGUCAGUAGCUAUGGAAAAAUUGUCUUUGGUAGCUUAUAUUUUUAUCACUUGGAAAAUGUGCUUAAUUUUCCAAGGUUUAAAUUUUUUUAAUAUUACUAUUGUAGCAUAAAAUGUUAAUACUAUUUUUCAUCUUUUCUUGGCCCUCUGUAUGAUUUUCUCAGAAGUCAGUUAUGUUUGCAUGGUGAAUGAUGUAAUUGUAGAAAUAUGCCAAUAUUGGCAUCUUUCCUAUUUCUUGAUAAUCAAGUAAUAUCAAUAAUUACAGUUCCAAAAGUAAACUUUUUCAAGUUAUAUCAAAACAAAACACAAAAUCCCUGCUAUCUCUAGAAAGUCAAGACCAUAACAACGUAUUCAUAUAUUCUUAUAAAUAACAAUUACCUGUGUUUGAUUCUGGCUGUUAAAAUUAUUCAUUCCUAAUGGAAUUAACAUAAUUGACCAAUGAUGAUUUUGUCAGCCUUCUGUGUGUACCUCUACUUUUGUUGAAUAACUUCACAUUGACUAGAUAUACUAUAUGCCAUAAACUUAAAUUUUUAGUGGGUUUAAUUUUCAUUAAUACAAUACUGAAACAUUUUAAUGGCAUGUCUGAUUUUUUCAUGUAUUUAAAUGCAUAAGAUUUCCUGUGCAGCUUCUUGACAGAAUUGUCCUUUUGGGAAUAGGAAGACUUUUCAACCUGACCAGUUAUGAUUUAUUGAUAACUUAAUAAAUUACCAUCAUUUCUCAAAAUGCGGUUGAUAAAUUGGAUUCACAAAAGAAUGUCUUAUUAUUGACAUUUAUGUGGACGUUCUUUAUGCUGUUGUAAAUGUUUCAUGCAACUUAAUAACAUUUUUAAAAGAUGUAUGUAUCUGAUUUUCCUUUAGAAAAUAUUAUAUUUUUAUUUGUAUUUUUUACAUGUUAAAGUUCAUCUCUAUGUGCAGCUAUUUUUAUAUUGCCAAAAAAAAAUCACAUGAAUACAAAAUAAAAGGAAAAUGCAGAAAACAUAUUUUGGCAAGCAUUACACUGCAUAUUUUUCUUAAUGUUUUGUGGGCCAGUCCCAUGUAAUUGAUUAUUCUAAGAAUGUGUUAUGUGUUAUCACUGUAAAUAUGGAACAAACCUGUUUUUCUCAGCAGUGUAAAUAAUUGAAAGAUUGAAUUCUCUCUGUUUGAUUUCUUAUUUCAGUUUCAUUUUAAUUUCUCCUGCUGACAUUGCUGAAUCAAAAGAAGUGUGUGGUUUUCAAUUUGCAGUUUGAAGAUAAUUGCAUUAUGCUCAGUUUCUCAUUUGUCUUUAUUUGCUUUUGUAACUUGUUUACAGGGUUCCUAGUUUGUGAGAAGUUGAUCUUCAAAAUUAUUUUUACACUAUUUAUGACUUAUUUUCAUAAUGUACAAAGUGUGUAAUUACUACAAUAUUAAUCCAAACAAUGGAAAUGAAUUGAACUGUUAUAAAGCUUUAUUGAUGUUCAUGAA